AUGAUGCGGCAGUCUCAACUCGAUCCUCUUCCGGUUGAUCUGCCAUUCCGGAUUGUGUCCAAGACGAUAGGGAGAGGUGCAUAUGCGUCCAUCAAAAAAGCAAUACCCCUGGAUGCACCGACGCCUGUCUUUGCCGUCAAGUUGAUACACAAGGGCUAUGCCGUCAAGCAGGGCCGUAUAUCGGCCAAACAGAUCGCCAUGGAGGUAUCCCUACACUCACAUAUCGGCCAGCAUCCGAACGUGAUUGAAUGGUUUGCAACGGGCGAGGAUCAUGUCUGGCGAUGGAUAGCCAUGGAGUUCGCCGAAGGAGGCGACCUCUUUGACAAGAUCGAGGCUGAUGUGGGCGUCACCGAGGACAUUUCCCACCUCUACUUCCUGCAGCUCAUCAGUGGAGUUAGCUUCAUGCAUUCGAAAGGUGUGGCGCAUCGUGAUCUGAAGCCCGAGAACAUCCUCAUGUCGGAAAGCGGAAACCUGAAGCUUGCAGACUUCGGCAUGGCCACCAUGUUCGAAUACAAGGGGCAGAAGAAACUGAGCGCGACAAUGUGUGGCAGUCCACCUUACAUCGCUCCUGAGGUGCUGGCCUGUGGCAGAGCGGAUCGAAAGAUUGCUGAGGCGACCAAAUAUGCUCCUGAACUGGUGGAUAUGUGGUCAUGUGGUGUCAUAUUGUUCGUUCUUCUUGUAGGAAACACGCCAUGGGACGAGCCGACUUACCAGAGCUGGGAAUUCCAAGAAUACAGAAAGACGAACGGUCGGAGCACAGACGCCCUGUGGGCAAGAAUCCCGGCAGAUGCGCUCUCAUUACUCAGGGGUAUGAUGAACAUUGAGGCAAAUAAGCGAUUCACUUUUGCUCGAAUACGGCAGCACCCUUGGUACACGCGUCACAACAGAUUCCUGGCUGAGGACGGUCAGAUCUCGGAUCCUGUGAAUAUGGCGACGAAGAUGUUGGAAAACCUCCGCAUCGACUUCAGCCAGCAGGCGCCUUCAUCCCAACGCCAAUCACAGCCAUCGCAAGACGCGAUGGAUAUCGACAGUGGUCCAGCGACCAACACGAACUACAAGAUGUCGUCCACACAACCCGAAACCCCCAUCAACGAUGUCCUCUUCGACUGGGAGCGGCCAUCUCUGCGCUCUCUCGGCACCCACGCUGUUUCUUCGACGCAGCCUAUAUCCAGAGCAGAUGCUUCGAUGCCGCCAGCCGCCACACAAUCGACCAACUUCUUCGACGCAUUAGCCGUUGAGCCGUCCAUGAGCCAGUUCUCCCAGACUCCCGGUGUGCCCAUGACUCUGACACAGCGCGCACGACGUUUCCGCGACAUCGUCCCAGCGCACUCGUUCACGCGCUUCUUCUCGCACAUGCCGCCACAACUCCUGGUGCAGAUGCUGAGCGACGCCCUGCACAACCUCAAUGUCCCGCUGCCCGCAGCGCCGCCCUACGUCGGCCAGGGCGACCACGUCUCGACGCUGAAGGUCAGGACAGUCGACGAACGAAAGCAAGGCCUGCACGGAGAGAUCCUGGUCGACAAGUACUACCUGCCCGAGUCGCAGGAGCUCCUCGAGGUGCGCUUCGUGAAGCUCAAGGGCGACCCCCUCGAGUGGAGACGCUUCUUCAAGAAGAUGGUGCUGCUGUGCAAGGACGGCGUUUACAAGCCCGAGGCUUAG